AUGGGAGAAUCAAAAAAUUCACGUCUUAGAGUAUCCUAUAAAGAAAUUGAAGAUACAUAUACAGUUGAACAAGCUAUAGAAAUGUUGGGUUUUGGUAUGUUUCAAAUCAAACUUUCUUUACUAACAGGAUUAGCGUGGAUGUCAGAUGCCAUGGAGAUGAUGAUUUUGAGUAUUUUAUCCCCCGCUCUGCAUUGUUCAUGGGGUCUAUUGGCCUGGCAAAGAGCGCUCAUUACAACUGCGGUAUUUAUAGGUAUGAUGAUCAGCUCUACGUUUUGGGGAAAAAUUUGCGAUAGGUUUGGCAGAAAGACGGCUCUUUUUAUGUGUUCGUUGUUUACCUUUUAUUUUGGGUUUUUGAGCUCGUUCUCGCCUACGUUUUUAUGGCUCAUACUUUUGCGAGGCCUCACUGGGUUUGGCAUUGGAGGCGCUCCCCAAUCGAUAACAUUGUACUCCGAAUUCCUACCGUCUAAAUAUAGAGCUAAAUGCUUGAUACUUAUAGAGAUAUUUUGGGGUUUGGGGACGUGCUUAGAAGUUCUACUUGCUCUGAUCGUUAUGCCUACUUUAGGUUGGCCUUGGCUUUUAGCCUUCUCAAGUUUACCCCUCCUUGUAUUCUCCUGUUUUUCACUAGAGUUGCCGGAAAGCGCCAGGUACCACGUGGCUUGUAAAGAUUUUGAAUCUGCUUAUAAAAUAAUCGAACGAAUAGCUAGAGAAAAUAAGAGACCUUUACCCAUAGGAACUCUGGUUGAGGAUGAUGUGGUAAAUCAACCCCCAUCCAAAAAUCCCAGCACUUUUAGCGAUACUACAGAUUUGCUCGAUACCCAUAGAGGGAGGUUUAAAGACCUAUUCGCAACAAACAUCAGAAUAACAACGUUUUUAUUGUGGAUAAUAUGGAUGGUGAACGCCUUUUCUUAUUAUGGAAUUGUUUUAAUGACAACCGAAUUGUUUGAAUCUGGUGACAAAUGUCAUGGUGGCACAAGUAAACAUUUAUCACCUUCGUGCAUGUUGGAUUGUCACCCUUUACAAAGAUCUGAUUAUGUAGAUUUAUUGUGGACGACAUUGGCUGAAUUCCCUGGUUUGUUUUCUACAGUAUUCAUGAUCGAAAUUUUAGGAAGAAAAAUUACGAUAGCCAUAGAGUUUUUUGCCUUUUCAAUUUUUGUUUUCUUGCUUAACAUUUGCAGCAAUAGAACCAUGAUAAAAACUUUCAUUUUUAUUGCUCGUGCCGUUAUAUCAGCCUGUUUUCAGGCUACUUAUGUGUACACUCCGGAAGUCUAUCCCACGACUAUAAGGGCAAUGGGCGUGGGUACCUGCAGCAUGAUGGCUCGUGUAGGUGCUAUACUUACUCCUUUUGUAGCUCAGGUAUUAUUAAAAACUUCUGUGAGGUCUGCGAUUGAUAUUUAUGCAGCUUCAUGCAUUAUCGCUGGUAUAUGUGCCCUUUUUCUGCCCAUAGAAACAAAAGGCCGCGAAAUGAAGGAUACAGUUACGACCAGAUAG